AUGACUCUGCAUUCUGCCCGAGAGCAUGCGGGCCCGUCAAGAACGCAUGCUUCUCGAGUGGGUGCCACCGAUGCUGCGCAGUCGCUUGCCGAUCUUUACAAUUCACGGCACGCACAAGAGUCGGCCGCGUCUUCGUCCUCCUCGUCUCGCCAUGCUUCACCUAGCUCCCUGGUCAACCUGUACAACAGACGCCACCAUGCUGAGGUGCGCAAGAACAAGGUCUCUUCCACCUCUUUAGCUGACCUCUACAACCAUCGAUACGAGAACGAGCAUCAAGACCAGAACUACAGCGUGGAGCAGGUGCUUCCAAGGCGUCGUCAAGUGAUCAGCUCGCGGGCCAAGAGUCACACUAUGACUGGUGCUUCGACGGCUUUAUCAGCACCAAAGACGAUCCUAAGCGCGUUGUCUAUCGAUGACACGGAUGACGUGGGCGAGCUGAAAAGCCUUCUUCCAAACGGAAGUGAUGGGCUGCAGGAGGACGACCACGAUGAGGAAGAGGACGAAGUCGACUUUCACUCGACACCAACGCACAGCGGUCGCAGUCGAAGCCAAACGCGCAGUCAGUCGGGGAUCGAUUUUCAAGAGAGUGCCGAGCUUGUCUAUGUUGCUCGAUCCUCCAUCCCGCGGAGGGGAGCUCUCGGAUCUUCGGCAACGCGGUUGACCAUGGACAGCGACGACGAGAUGGAAUCCGUGAUGCCUCCAGCAUCCGGCAGCUCGAAUGUUGUUCUUGCUCGUCCGCACCCUUCUUCUUCCCAGUUCGUGGUGCAAUCGAGUGGAAGUGGGUUGAUGGACCCUAUAUCGGGCUUGUCCACGCCAUUGAUCCCGCCGCAUCAUCGCAAAGGACUAAGUGUGCCGCAGCAUCUGCUUGAAAGCACCCAAGAAGAGGAAGCUUCGACGUCGACGCCGGCUGCCGUGUCCGGAGCAGAAACCGCGGGUGCGGAACACGAGGAGCGGGACUCGACAACGUUAGAUAAGCCGCUUCCGCUUCCGCACGACAUCGGGCCACCCGAGGGAAUAAUUGUCAUCAGUGACUCUUCUUUCGACCAACCAUAUGAAGCACACAGCCUACGCCGACCAAGUCACUUCAAAGCGGAUGCGGUUGCUUCUGCAGCGGAAACCCCAGAGUUGUCGACGCCAGAGGAAGCGGAUAUGGUGGUCUUGCUACAGUCACCAUCAAAGCGGUUGCAGGAGAGAGCGGCUUCCGAGCAGACGUCGUCUGGAGCAGACAGCAAACGCCACUCGCCAUCGUUGGGUCGACCUUCCUGGAUUGGCAGAGACAUGCAGUCUGAGCUCGACAGCGGCCAAGUCUCGGAUGCGGAUUCCGAUGUGCCCGUCAUCACGAGUGCUCGGAUUAUCGAGUCGCGGACGGGAGCAUCCAGUGAAGUUGCCACGGAGUCAGAGAGUGAUGCACAACGCAGAUAUCCCAGACGCGCUCGCAAUGUGGCCGACUACAACGUCCGCCGCGCUUUCGACCGAUACGACGGCAUGCAAGGCGAAGAUCAAGAAGACUUGGUUGCCGUGGAACGGUCCCACCCGAAAACGAUGCCGCAAGCGCCAGUAAUUGCGAGUCCGGCCUUCUUCGAGGCUUUGCGGUCCGGGAAAGCCAGCAGGACUGCCGGCCUGGGUCGAAAACCACCGUCAUUCGCCGAGUUCUUGAUGAGCAAGACCAAGGCGGUUCCAGCAGCGGGCUCCACCUCGAUAUCCGUUCCGCGUUCUAUCCGCAGCGCGGGUCCGUCAGCUAUGCUCACAGAGGCGCAGGUUCGUGCGCUGCUCAAACCCACGAUCGGACUGUUCAAUAUCACCGUUGAUACGCAGGAUCAUGCCGGCGUGCUCGGGCAGAAGCUCAAUGCAAGCCGUGGGGAGCUUCAGCCCGACGCCACCAGCUCUGAUAAAGAUGGUGUCCAGUCCCCUUCUCUUCCUGCUUCUGGCACACCGAUUGAUCUCACCUUUCGCUCCAUCAUCCCUUUGCACCUUCGACGGGACAAGCUCACCCCGGCUGAGCUUCGUGAGAUGCUCGAUUCGCUGGGAGGCACAGGUCCCAUCGGCCGACCUAGAAACGCAACCGAUUAUGAAAGCGCUUCUCGUCGCUUGCGACUCGGACGCGCUUACAAUCAGCAUCUGCCUGACGCUCUGCGCACGUUCACCGACAUGGAGCAUCAGGAAUGGGUUCGGCUCGAAGAGUAUCUCCCUGAAGUCAGGCAACGGGUGGAAGAACAGAGAGCGCGCGAACAAGGCAGGAUCAUGGUCGAGAUGGACAGCAGCGAGAUGACUCGGACGCAGUACGAUCAUAUGGGGAGGAAACUCGUCUCGACACUGCACUGUGUUACCGGUGGUCUACUCAAAAUGUACUUUAAAACGAAAGAAAGCGACGGAGCCGCAGAGUCACCGGGGUAUAGGAUUGUUCGCACCAGAUCGACUACAAAGUCUCCUUCGCUGUCGCGGCUGGCGUCUACGCCGGUGGGGGGCCCGGAGAGCGACGAUUCUGUGUUUGGAGCCGGAGCGGACGAAGGACAAGGGCCUCACAGGGACGGGACUCCCGUUCGCCAGCCGAUGGCCGGGGCGGCGGUUAGUCGUCCUUAUUCGAGCAUGGGCACUCGAGAGUCUAUCAUGCCCCCGAAACCAGCGACAAAUACUCCGCCAGCUGCGAACACCAGUGCUCCCUCGAAGGCUGCACAGCCGACAUCAGUCCCGCUUCCGACGCUGCCACAGCUAUUUCAACGUACAACAGAAGCUCGGGCUGAGCAGUUAGCGGCCCAGAAGAACAAGGCGGUGGCUAGACGGAGCUCGGCAGCUCCACCCUCAAAGCCAACAAAGGCGACUGCUUCCAAGGGAACUCGCGAUCUUUUUUCGUACUUCAGCACCACACAAUCGUCUUCGUCACAGCCUGCUACAAAGUCUGCCUCGGCAUCAAUUUCGGCCUCCACGUCAAAACCGGCAACAUCAUCCACAUCGAAGAAACCCGCUACUGCCAUCAAACGCAGUACCGCACCUCAAGCGGGAUCUUCCGCCGGCGACCGCGCCUCUGCGAUCCAGAAAGGCAAGCAGCGCGCCCUGGACGAAGACAUCAAAGUGUGGUCCAUUUCUUCGCGCAGUACCGACUCGGAUGUCGAGGUCGUGAUCGACCUGACGCGCUCUUCUUCGGCAGCCGACAGUCUCGGGGCGAGCAGCAAGAGAGCGCGUUCUCCGUCGCCUUUGACGGCUGUGUCGUCGAGCAAGAAGAGGAAGGCGUUGGUGAGCGGGGCGAGUGGGGCGAGUGGAUCGAGUGGGGCACAAAGGGCCAAGAAGGUUGUAGUAGGGCUGAGUGGUGGUAGUAGUGACCGGGUGGUGUUGGGGUCGAAGGCCGAGGGGAGGAGGCGAGAGGCUGAGCAGCACCUGGAGGAGACAGCUCGGAGCAGAGAUGUAAUGACGGAGGUGGAUGUGUUGCCGAUGGUCGACGUCCCCACACUUCCGCACGCCGACGUUUCUAGCAUCAAACGCAAACGCCCGCUUGAUGAGGGUGCAACCGCCUCCUCAUCGCGUCCACGCGCCAGAACCCCAGCUGAACAGCCGACGCACAUCCAACACCCUUCCACACCGCCCACAAUCACAAGCAGACCCUCAACCAACAACGGCAGCAGCAGCAGCAGCACCUCCGCCCGUCGCACUGCUCCACCCGGCAAGAGCAAGGGCAAAAGUGGCAGCCGCAGCCGCAGCGGGAGCAGUAGCAGCAAGACCACAGGACCGCCUCUGCCCGCCGCGACGCCCUCCCCCACGCGCGGCGGGUGGAAAGGCAUCUCGGGCUGGUACACCAACACGCACGAUGACUUCUCUACGACGCCGGACGAGCGCCUGAGCCAGCGCGAGAUUGAGAAACAGCAUCGGCUGUCCAAGCUGGACCAGCUGUUGAGUGGGAUGCGCCGGCCGAAGAGGCGCGAGCAGUGA